AUGGGAGUCCAAAAAAAGACUCGCAAGUUUGCCCUUGCUAAGCGAGCCAUCUCAAUGCGGGAUAAUCGACUGAAACAAAACCAAGAAAAGACCGAGAAAGGCAAACAGGCGAAGGAUGACCUGAUCAAGGAGGCCCCACAGGCGCCUUCGUCGAUGUUCUUCCAGUACAAUACUGCCCUUGCGCCACCCUACUCAGUUUUGGUUGACACCAAUUUCAUCUCGCACACCAUCCAACAUAAACUCGAAGUGAUCCCAACAAUGAUGGAUUGUCUUUACGCCAAAUGUAUCCCAAUCGUGACCGACUGCGUUCUAGCCGAACUCGAAAAGCUCGGCCCGAAAUACCGACUCGCGCUGCGGGUGGCCAAAGAUCCUCGAUUUGAGAGAGUCAAAUGCGACCACAAGGGAACAUACGCCGAUGAUUGCUUGGUGGAUCGUCUCAUCAAGCAUCGCGUUUACAUCGUAGCCACGAACGAUCGUGAUCUCAAGAGACGGAUUCGCAAGAUUCCCGGCGCACCGAUAAUGAGUGUAGCGCGUGGAAAAUAUGUGAUUGAACGACUUCCUGACGCCCCCGAGAAAUGA